AUGUCAAUUUCAACCCUUCAAAAACUACGAUUUCAUUAUUCUACCCCCUGUUCAAAAUUUGAUUCGAAUCACGAAACCCCCCAUUUUGAUCGAAUUUUUCUCUGGGCUUUCUAUUUUCGGAAGAACAUUGAGAAAAUGGACAAGUACGAGCUUGUGAAGGAUAUAGGAUCUGGGAAUUUUGGCGUUGCAAGGUUGAUGAGGGACAAGGUCACCAAAGAGCUUGUUGCUAUGAAAUAUAUAGAAAGAGGGCAUAAGAUUGAUGAGAAUGUUGCACGAGAGAUCAUAAAUCACAGAUCUCUUCGACACCCGAAUAUAAUUCGGUUUAGAGAGGUGGUGUUGACACCCACCCACCUUGCUAUUGUAAUGGAGUAUGCUGCAGGAGGGGAGCUUUUUGAUAGGAUUUGCAAUGCUGGAAGAUUCAGUGAAGAUGAGGCUAGAUACUUCUUCCAGCAACUUAUAUCAGGAGUUCACUACUGUCAUUUCAUGCAAAUAUGCCAUAGAGACUUGAAGCUUGAGAACACUCUUUUAGAUGGAAGCCCUGCACCCCGCCUGAAAAUUUGUGAUUUUGGCUACUCAAAGUCAUCCCUGCUUCACUCAAGACCUAAAUCCACAGUUGGAACUCCUGCUUACAUUGCCCCUGAGGUUCUUUCUCGUAGAGAAUAUGAUGGAAAGUUGGCUGAUGUUUGGUCUUGUGGAGUGACACUUUAUGUGAUGCUUGUGGGAGCAUACCCUUUUGAAGAUCAAGAAGACCCUAAAAACUUUAGGAAGACUAUUCAACGAAUAAUGGCUGUGCAAUAUAAGAUCCCAGACUAUGUUCACAUAUCUCAAGACUGUAGGCACCUUCUUUCUCGGAUAUUUGUUGCUGGUGCUUCUAGGAGAAUUAGCCUAAAAGAAAUCAAAAGCCAUCCAUGGUUCCUGAAGAAUCUGCCUAGGGAAUUAACUGAAGCAGCUCAAGCUGUUUAUUAUAGAAAGGAAAACCCAACAUUUUCACCACAAAGUGUAGAGGAAAUCAUGAAAAUUGUGGAAGAAGCAAGAUCUCCUCCUGCAGCUUCGCGUUCCAUUGGAGGGUUUGGAUGGGGUCAAGAUGAAGAAUAUGAUGAUGAUAAAGAAACAGGGGAAAAGGAAGCUGAAGAUGAUGAAGAUGAGUAUGAUAAAAGGGUGAAAGAAGCUCAUCAAAGUGGUGAAGUUUGUCUUUCUUAAAAAGAGUUUUUUAUGUUUUGGGUUUGUGUAAAAAGCAAAUUUUACUUAAAGGGGAGCUUAAUAAUUGAAGUAUGUAAACCUCUAUUGCAUGUUGCCAAUAUUUAGGUGUGUCGAUGGCAUUGUAUACUUGAAUCUUGGUUUGGGUCGUUGGUUUUUUUGUUUUGUUGGAAGUCGGGAAUGUCGGUUCUUGUUGUAAUUAAAUUUAGAUUUGUUGUUUAAGUUAUUUGUGUUUGUAAAAUGUUUGAUAUUAUAUUGUUUUAAGGUUA